AUGACCCAGAAAUAUAGCUUUAAAAUUUGUGUCAUUGGAAAUGAAAAAAUAGGUAAAACAUCUCUUGUACGUAGACUUCUUGAGGAUACAUUUGUUGAAGAAUCAACACCAUUUGAAGAUGUCUCUGUAAAUAAAAAAGUAAUUUAUGACAAUAAAGAAGUUAUUUUAAAUUUUAUGGAUCCAUUAGGAACAGAUAUUAGUACAACUGCUACAUUUUAUAAUGAUGCAAAUUUAUUAAUUGCAAUGUUUGAUGAAACAGAAAAAGAUUCUAUACAAAAUUGUAAAAAUUGGUUAUCGUAUGGAGAUAGAUAUAUUGGAUCACAAUAUCUUAAAUUAAUUGUAGGAAACAAAAUUGAUAGUAACGAUAAAAAAAUAUCAGAGGAAGAAUGCGAAGAAGUAGCCAAAAGCUUAAAUUGUGAAUAUUUUGAGGUAUCAGCUAAAACAGGAGAAGGCAUUAAAGAGUUAUAUGAACAAAUGAUGAAAAUGUUGUUUGAACCAUUAAAUCCAAAAGAAGAUAGUACAAAGUCAUCAAAUAAAAAAAGUGGAAAGAAACAAUCAGAAAAAAAUAGAGAGAAAAAGAAAGGAGGGUGUGUUUUACUCUAA